AUGUAUGUUCCGGGGCGAUUGCUUUAUAUUUACGACGUGGAGGACGGACUUCCCGUGGAGACGCCCAAAUCUCCCACUUCCACGCCGGUAACAAGAAACGCCGACGAUCCAAGCAAAUUUGAUAAGUUUACUGCUGUCGUGGAGUGCGAUACCUUGCUUUUUGGACAAUUUUUCAUACAGCCAUAUAUGAUUGCACAGCACAAUCCAAUCGCAUAUGACGAUGCCAUUUACAAUGCUUCGCAAAGCAUCCUUCGCGGGGCGUUAAACAUGUAA